UGGCUCGAAGUUGCUGCAGUGCAGAUAUAGAUCUAAAAACAACAAACAAUAUGUUAUGAAACUGGACCGGGCAAGCAGUCCAAGCAGUCGCUGGAGUCACAAUGGCAGCAGUCGCAAUUCGCGAACAACAUCCUCCAGUUCCCGGAGACGAACUAGGAGAAGCAGAAACCACAGCCGAAAAAGAAAGAGGAGGAGGAGCCAACGCCGGAGCCAAGGCAGGAGGAGCCGGAGACGAAGCCGGAGCCGGAGACGAAGCAGGAUCCCAAGACGGAGCAGCAGCAAGAGUUCAGCUUGCAGAGCCAUUACCCGCUGAGGAGUUUUUGAUUUCCCGUCUCGCCGCAAUUCAAACCUUCCACUCUCCAACACGACGGAGACAUUGGGGCUUCAAUUUGUCGAAGUAUGGUGAGGAAUUCAAGCGGGCGCUCAAGGACUUCUUCGAGUGAUUGACCAAGUCACAAACAAUGCAGCCAUCACACGAGCAUGAAAUCAGUUGUCAAGAGUAGGACAGCAGUAGGAAAAGAAGAUGUCUCCAGCCAGGGGCGCUUGCACUGAGGCGCUUGUCUGACAAGAACGAGGUUGCUGCUGAACUGCGAGAAUUCCAUACGGUGACAGAUGCGGAGGGCAACUUUCGGAGCUGACUGAGAAGGCACGUCUCCUCCUACCCGAUCUUUGCGAGAAAAUAGAAUUCGAAGGAGAGAAGCGUGCAUCUAAGAAAGAAGCAGACACCUCCGCAGCCAAGGCGUUCUGGGACGAUCCUCAUGUAUUGGAGAUAGCUAGAAGACUACUGAGACCUUCAAAGAAGUCUCAGAGGCACAAAAAACGCUUUUUUGAGCGCUUGGUACAAAGGGCGACGGUUCGCUGAUAGAAA